ACAGCAGGCCAAGUAAAUCUGUCAACGUCUACUCUUCAUUUUGCUGACUGUCCGAGAUUCUUCCAGCAUUUGUAAUUUCGAGUUCAAAUUUAACUAUCGUGUAGGCAUUUAAUUUUGCGCAACCCAGCUUGGUUACCUUGUAUCAAAAGUUGUUAUAAGUAAGUAAUUGAUCAAAAUGUACAAAUCAAGUGUACUUCAUUUACUAUUUGCGGCGGCCGCGUUGCAAGUAGCCCUAGCACUAAAGGAUGGAGAAUGCGAAGUCUGUGUGAAAACUGUCGACAAAUUUGCGGCUACGUUAGCAGAUGAUGUGAAGAAAGACCCCAAAUUAAUUGAGGCUGAAUUUAAGAAGUUUUGCAAAGGCAGUAAGAACAAAGAAAAUAGGUUCUGUUACUAUUUGGGCGGUCUGGAAGAAUCUGCUACCGGUAUUCUUGGCGAGCUUUCAAAACCUUUGAGUUGGUCGAUGCCUUCUGAUAAAAUAUGUGAAAAGUUAAGGAAAAAAGAUGCACAAAUUUGUGAUCUCCGAUUCGACAAGCAGAUAGACCUCAACAAUGUAGACUUGAAGAAGUUGAAGGUCCGCGACCUGAAGAAGAUUUUGAACGACUGGGACGAAGUGUGCGACGGCUGCAUCGAAAAAACAGACUUCAUUAAAAGAAUAGAAGAGUUGAAACCAAAAUACAUGAGAUCUGAACUCUAAAGUAGCAUAAUACAAUAGUAAAUUAUUCAUAGGCCAAUGUGAUAUGAGCCCCGUUCAGUCAGCACUCCACAGCUCAUAGUGAUCAUCAGCAUUUGAACUGCAUUGUGUGCAUGAGAAGAUUGUGUGAACUUAAUGACUAAAUUAUUAUUGUAAAUUAAGUAAAUAUUUUUUAAACA